UCUUCUAUAUUAGCUUUUUGCUUGGGUGUUGAAUAUGAAGCUGGAUCCAAUGUAGACAAGCAAUAUCUACGGGUAAUUACGAAUCUACAUUUCCUAGUAGCCGAAGAACGAAACUUCUUAAAUACAAGUUCCCCAUUUUCAUCCAUUCCUCGUGCUCCGAGAUCGAAAUCAAAAGUCGUCCUCAAUCGAUCAGUGAUGACUAGUCGUAUGGCUGGGGUUUCUGCAGAAGGAAUCUCCGAGGAAUAUCCAUGUAGUUUGAAGAGCCGCAAAAGAAAAACUAAGACGAAAAACGAGCAAAGUGAUUAUUCUGAUGAGGUCACUAUUCCUAGAAGAAUUCAUCUUCGCGGGCGAGCUGGGAGAGGAAGAAACAACUGUAAUACAAUCACCAAAGAACGAGGAAAGUUAGAUUCUUCGACAUUCUUUCACUACUUCAUGCAUAUAUGGAGAGCCUUUCCCGAAGAGAAGAUGAAUUCGAUUGCAUAUUUCGACCCAUUGUGGUUUGAAUUAUAUACGAACAAACAUUACGGACCGAAGGUUGUGGAUUGGAUCAAGGCGAAGAGCGUAUUUUCCAAAAAAUACGUUUUUGUUCCUAUAGUUAUGUGGUCCCAUUGGAGUCUAUUGAUCUUUUGCCACAUGAGCGAAAGUCCGGAUUCGAAAACUAAUACUCCUUGCAUGCUGCUGCUGGAUUCAUUGCAUGCAAUUGGUCCUACAAGGCUCGAGUCUAUAGCAAGAAGGCUUCUCUUUGACAUGCAUGUAUCGGAGGAAAGGCUGGAGAGUAAAGAACAACUUAAAAAAAUGCGUUUCUUGAUUCCCAAUGUACCACAGCAGAAAAACGGGGACGAAUGCGGAUUUUACGUUCUUUACUACAUAAAACUCUUCUUAGAGAGCGCUCCCGAAAAUUUCAAUAUUUCCGAAGGCUACCCCUACUUUAUGAAAAAGGAGUGGUUCACUGAAGAAGAAGUGGAGUCUUUCUGCAAAAAUCUGGAUACUUUACCCGUUGACUUAAACGACCUCGACGACGAUUCUGCUUCAGUGGAUUCUGGUGAUUCUGUCGAAUUGAUCGAGAAUUUUCGUUGA